AUGGAUUCCGACUUCGACUCGGUCCUUGAUGACUACAAGGACGAGUCUGACGCCUACUCGCCAGAAGUGAAACCCAAAGCGAAAGCGGCUGCGAAAAAAACGGCGGCUGCAAAACCCGGCAGGCCGGCUGGAAAAAUGGUGCAGACAACAUUGACAGGCGGCAAGGUGCCCGCCAAGAAGCGCCCCAAACCGGAGAGUGACGAUGAGGAUGUGGGCAAUCUAUCAAGCACGCCACCAAACCUCAAAAAGCAGAAAAAGGCGCCAGCGAAGAAAUCAAGUGGGAAGCCCCUUGCCGAGAUCGAAAACGACAAGAUGCUCCUUGACGAUGACGAGCCCAUGGCGCCGGUAGCGCCCAAGUCGAAGAAGACAGCGACUGAGACCUACCAGAAGCUCUCACCGGUUGAGCACAUCUUGGUGCGUCCGGACACCUACAUCGGAUCCGUCGAGCGCAUGGAUCAAAAGAUGUGGGUUUUCAACAAGACCGCCCGUCUCAUGGAAAAUCGUACCAUCUCCUUCGUGCCUGGUCUUUACAAAAUCUUUGACGAAAUCCUCGUCAACGCCGCCGACAAUAGCCAGCGAGAUUCGUCCAUGACCUAUAUCAAGGUCACCGUGGACCGCGAGUCGGGCGAGAUCUCGGUGGAGAACAACGGCAAGGGCAUCCCGAUCGAGAUGCACGAAAAAGAAAAGUGCUACAUCCCCGAGCUCAUCUUCGGCCAUCUCCUCACGGGCUCCAACUAUGACGACGACGAGAAGAAGACGGUCGGCGGCCGCAACGGUUACGGUGCAAAGCUCACCAACAUCUUCAGUCAAAGAUUCACCAUCGAGUGCCAGGACUCUAACAACGGCAAGCGGUACAAGCAGACCUGGACCGAGAAUAUGGGCAAAAUGGAAAAGGCAAAGAUUACGAGCAACAAGUCCUCCGAUUUUGUCAAGGUUACCUUCCUCCCCGACUACAAGAGAUUUGGCAUGGAGAAUGGCAUCGACGACGAUCUGGAAGGGCUGCUCUACCGGCGCGUCUACGACAUGGCUGGCACCGUGUCCGGCGUCAAGGUCUGGCUAAACGGCGAGCAUCUCAAACUCAACUUCAAGACGUACUGUGCGCUCUAUGCCAAGUCGAUCGCCAAGGAACGCGGUGACGUCGCCGAUGGGGAGAGUGCACCGGUAGCAAAGGUGGAGUUUGAUGAGGUGAGGUCGAAUGGUCGCCUGUGGCAGAUUGGCUUCACAGCCUCGGACGGCACGUUCCAGCAGGUCUCGUUCGUCAACAAUAUCGCGACGACGUCGGGCGGCACCCAUGUCAACUACAUCGCCGACCAGAUUUGCGACGCCCUGGGCAAGGAGUUGACCAAGAAAAAGAAGGGCCACUCGCUCAAGGCCUCGCACUUCCGCAAUUACAUCUUCAUCUUCAUCAACUGCCUGAUCGAGAACCCUUCCUUCAACUCGCAGACCAAGGAGUAUAUGACGACCAAGCAGAGUGCUUUUGGCAGCAAGUGCCAGCUGACCGACCAGUUUUUGAAGAAGGUCAGGAUGUCCGAGGCCAUUGCAAACAUUAUGGAGUUUGCCGAGAGGAAGGCGGACAAGAUGCUAGCGAAGACCGACGGCAACAAACGCUCACGCAUUAGCAACGAGAAACUCGUCGAUGCCAACUGGGCUGGCACGAAGCGAGGCCACGAGUGCACUCUCAUCCUGACUGAAGGUGAUUCAGCCAGGGGUUUGGCUGUCGCCGGUCGUGCUAUUCUGGACCCUGAUCGCAUCGGCGUCUUCCCGCUUCGUGGCAAGAUGCUCAACGUUCGCGAUGCCUCGCUUGACCAGAUCAUGAAGAACAAGGAGAUUGAGAAUAUCAAGAAAUUCCUCGGUCUCAAGCACAAGCAGCACUAUACUGACACCAAAGGUCUCCGCUACGGCCACCUGAUGAUCAUGGCCGAUCAGGAUCUCGACGGCAGCCACAUCAAGGGCUUGCUUAUCAAUUUCCUUGAAGUCCAGUUCCCCUCCCUGCUUCGCAUCGAAGACUUCUUCCAGGAGUUCAUUACUCCCGUCGUCAAGGUUUGGCAAGGCAACAAUCCCAAACAGCCCCAGAACCUCAAAACCUUCUUCAACUUGCCUCAAUACGAGAGCUGGAAGGAGGCGCAUAAGAACGAGAUGCACAAAUGGAAGUACAAGUACCUGAAGGGUCUCGGUAGCAGUUCCAACGAGGACGCGCAGAUCUAUUUCACGGACUUGGACCGCCACCUAAAGAAGUUUGAAAUACUCAAGGAUGAGGAGCGGGAGCUUUUUGAGCUAGCUUUCUCCAAGAAGAAGGCGGACGCGCGGAAGGAGUGGCUCGGUAACUUUGUCCCCGGAACGUUUCUCGACACGACGGGGAGCAGGAAGACGUACCAUGAUUUCGUCCACAAGGAACUUAUCCUGUUCAGCAUGGCCGACAACAUGCGAUCAAUCCCAUCCAUGGUAGAUGGCCUAAAGCCGGGACAGCGUAAAGUCAUCUUUGGCGCCUUCAAGCGCAACCUGGUCAAUGACCAAAAGGUUGCCGAGUUUGCCGGUUACGUUUCCGAGGUGGCCGCAUAUCACCACGGUGAGCAGUCAUUGCAGCAGACGAUUGUCGGCCUGGCGCAGAACUACGUCGGCUCCAACAAUAUCAACUGUCUGGAACCGAGCGGCAACUUUGGUUCACGUCUCGCUGGUGGCUCGGAUGCCGCCAGCGCUCGUUAUAUCCACACGCGGCUGUCGCCCUUUGCCCGGCACGUCUUCUCAAAGCUCGAUGAGCCCAAUCUCGAGUACCAGAACGAUGAUGGUCGUAUGAUUGAGCCCAAGGUAUACGUUCCCAUCAUCCCGAUGGUCUUGGUAAACGGCGCCGAUGGUAUCGGCACGGGCUGGAGCACCUCGAUUCCCAACUAUCACCCGGUUACCAUCGUCGAGAACCUGAAGCGCCGCAUGGGUAGGCUCGACCCGGCGGAUCCGGAAGAAAAACCCUUUGAGCCCAUGACACCGUGGUUCCGCGGCUGGAAGGGCGUGGUGGAGGUCGAGGCCCCCAAUAGGUUCAAGUUUAACGGCAUAAUCCGACAGGAUGAGCAGAAUCCGAACGAGAUACACGUCACCGAGCUGCCAAUCCGCAUGUGGACUGAUGAUUUCAAGUCCAGGCUCGAGGACAUUAUCCGUGGCGAGAAGACACCCUCGUUUAUCAAGGACUACAAGGAGUUCAACGACCACAAUACGGUCCAUUUCAUCAUUGAAAUGGAGGACAAGCACAUCAAGGCAGCGCUUGAGGAAGGGUUGUUGGAGAAGUUCAAGCUCACCAAGACCAUCACGACCACCAAUCUCGUCGCCUUCAACACUCGUGGCCAGAUUCAACGAUACGACAAUCCGGAGCAGAUUAUGGAGGAGUACUACCACUACCGCCUCGAGAUGUACUCAAAACGCAAGAAGCAUUGGCUCGCUGUCUACGACGCGGAACACCGCAAGCUGCUCAACCAGUACCGUUUCAUCCAAGAAAUCAUUGACGGCAAGCUGGUGGUAUCCAAGAAGAAGAAGGCUAUCCUCGUUAAGGAGUUGCGCGACCGCAAAUAUGAAGCCUUCCCUCCCAGGGACGGGAAGAAGAAGUCGGACGAGGAGGCCAGCGAGGAUGCUGAAGAAGAGGAAGAGGCUUCUGGCGGCGCGCGAGAUUACGAUUACCUCCUUUCGAUGCCAAUCUGGUCGCUGACGGUUGAGCGCCUUGAGAAGCUUAAGCAGCAAAUCGCAGCCAAGAAGGCCCAGUAUGAUGAACUUGACGCCUUGAGCGAGAAGGACCUUUGGGUGAAGGACCUUGACGCCUUUGUUGCUGAGUGGGAUGCCCAGCUGAAACUCGAGGCGGAGAUUAAAACCGGCAUCCGGAGGAUGGGCCGCCGCGCAUCCCAAAAGAUCGGCGCUGGAGCUGGAAAGGGACGCCGUCUUCUAGACGAUGACGACUACCAGCCUGUGAAGAAGGCCAGGGCCAAGGCUCCCAAAGUAGAGAAGGUUGAGACCAAGACGCAGCAGAGGUUCACCGAGAAGUUCCAGGCAACAGCGAAACCCAAACCUCAGACCAAGGCCGAGGACUUGUCCGACGACGAUUUUGCCCUCCUUGGGAAGAAAACAGUUGUUAAGGAAGAAUCUCAGCCGUCUACUUCUCUCCCAGAGGUGACAGGAGAACGCAACAAGCGUUCCGCUGCCACUACCAAACCCAGCUAUACCCUGAGCGACGACUCGGACGACGACUUUAGGUCAUUGGACGAGUUCGUCACCAAGGAUGAUAAGCCCCAGCUGGCUUCGGAAGAUGAUGAAGUCAUCGAAAAACCGGCCAGGCGGGCUGCGGCAUCCAAAGCUAAGCGUCUGUACAUGGAGGAAGACGAGUCGGAAAGCGAGAGCGACGAGGAUGACAUGAAGCUCGACGAUGUGGGCGCCAUGGUCAAGGGCAUAGGAGGCCCUACCUCGAGCAGUGGCGGCGGGCGACUUAGUCUGUUUGCCAUGUCACGGCCAGAGGCAGGCGAUGCGGCCCUCACAAAGUUGAAGAGCAAGCCAUCCAAGUCCGCAAUGGACUUGGACGACCACGACGACACAAACUAUGAAGCUCUGGCAAUGUCGUCCCCACGGAAAUCUAGCGUUCCCACAAAGGCAGAUGAUCUUGACGGCUUCCUCUCAGACGAGGAUCUUCCCGCGGCCAGCAGCAACAAGCCGGCGGCGAAGUCUGCGUCACAAACAGCGAAGGGAAAAGCUCCGCUCAGCGUGGUCCCGGCCACAGCCAAGAAGCGGGGCCGUCCGGCUGGGUCGAAGAAUAAGCCCAAGACGGACGCGGCCCCGGCUCCCAGGGCCAACGCCUCCAAAACUCUUUCGCCAGCUGCCAAGGCGUAUGCGGCAAAGAUGGCCAAGCCCAGUAGGAAGGUCGUUAGCUCUGACGAAGAAGACGACAUUGUGGAUGCGCCGGUCAGGCCUGUGGCGGCCCCGAAGACAAAAGCCCGGCCCGGGCGUGCGGCUGCCGCCAAGGCGAAACCAAUCUACAUUGACGACGACGAGGAGGACGACUCGCUGCUGAGCGGUGGCGGGGCCGGCGGUCGUGACAAGAAGGACGAGAGCGACGCGUUCGAAUUCGAUGAGGACAGCGAUUAG